UCAGUCAGAACAGAAGGGUAAUUUUAUUGCAUUUUAUUCCUCUGUACCGGGUGACGGGGCUUUUCCUCAGUCAUGAGACUGAGGCAGGAGGAGGGACUGAUGUAGCAUCUUGUAUGGAGAUGGAGGCCUUCAACCACUAUGCGAUAGCCUUUCAGCCUCCAGCCAAAAUGAUCCACAGCCUGUUCCUAGUAAACGCCUCGGGGGACAUUUUCUUAGAGAAGCACUGGAAGAGCGUGGUCAGCCGCUCAGUGUGUGACUACUUCUUUGAGGCGCAGGAACGUGCCACUGAGCCGGAAAACGUCCCACCAGUGAUCCCCACACCUCACCACUACCUUAUCAGUGUGCUCCGGCAUCGUAUCUACUUUGUGGCAGUCAUCCAGAGCGAGGUGCCGCCGCUCUUCGUCAUCGAGUUUCUGCACAGAGUUGUCGAUACGUUCCAGGACUAUUUUGGAGUGUGUACAGAGGCUGCCAUCAAGGACAAUGUGGUAGUUGUCUAUGAACUACUGGAGGAGAUGCUGGACAACGGCUUUCCGCUGGCCACAGAGUCCAAUAUCCUCAAAGAGCUCAUUAAGCCCCCCACCAUCCUCCGCACAAUGGUCAACACAAUCACAGGCAGCACCAAUGUGGGGGAACAGCUCCCUACUGGCCAGCUGUCAGUGGUGCCAUGGCGACGCACCGGGGUCAAAUACACCAACAACGAAGCUUAUUUUGAUGUGGUGGAGGAGAUUGAUGCUAUCAUUGAUAAAUCAGGCUCCACUAUUACAGCAGAAAUCCAGGGAGUUAUUGAUGCCUGUGUAAAACUGACAGGCAUGCCUGACCUCACCCUGUCAUUUAUGAAUCCUCGGCUGCUGGAUGAUGUCAGUUUCCACCCAUGUGUCCGGUUCAAGCGCUGGGAAGCCGAGCGGAUCCUCUCCUUCAUCCCCCCUGAUGGAAACUUCCGGUUGCUGUCCUACCACGUCAGCUCUCAGAACCUGGUGGCAAUCCCUGUGUACGUCAAGCAUAACAUCACCUUCCGUGAGGGAAGCUCCCAGGGACGUUUUGACUUGACCCUGGGCCCCAAGCAGACCAUGGGCAAGGCUGUGGAGUCGGUCCUAGUCAGCAGCCAGCUACCUCGGGGUGUCCUCAACGCCAGCCUCAACCCCUCCCAGGGAACAUACACCUUUGACCCAGUCACAAAGUUGUUGACAUGGGAUGUUGGUAAGAUCAACCCACAGAAGCUUCCCAGUCUGAAAGGUACCAUGAGCUUGCAGGCCGGGGCCUCCAAACCUGACGAGAACCCCACCAUCAACAUCCAGUUCAAAAUCCAACAGAUGGCCAUCUCAGGGCUGAAGGUGAAUCGACUGGACAUGUAUGGUGAGAAGUAUAAACCUUUCAAAGGCAUCAAGUAUAUGACAAAGGCUGGCAAGUUCCAGGUCCGGACAUAAAGACUACGGCUCUGUGACUACCGGACCAAACCAAAAGGAGACUGAGGGGCUAUGUGAUGGGGGAAGGGGAGUUGGUACAUUCCCUGUGUAUAUGCAUUUUAGGAUUUACCUACACAAACUUGAGGCUCCUUGUCACAGUUGAAAAUGGACCAUUUCUCAUAGAAGCCUCUGUUGAAUGAAAAGCAUCAAAUGUUCAGUAAAGAGGUUAGAGUUUGACUGAAUCUGCAGAGUUUGAACCAAGUGUAACGAGACAUUUCCAUUUCUAUCCCAGUUGAAUCCAGGCCCAACCCAGCUACUCAGUGUAUACUACUCCUGAUCUAUACUUCUCACAGCAUUUUUCACUGAUCAUUUUAACUCCUGAGCCCAUAUCAAACCCCAGCAGUUACAUGACACAGUUUGUGCUAGUUUGUGUCACUUCAGGCUCCGUCAAGUUCAGGCAUAAAUUUCAAGCUCUAAGAAACAAACAAACAAACAAACAGGCCACAAUCUGACGCUGUACUGUUUCAGCUGUAGAUAUCAGGCUUGAAAGUGAUCCGUCCUCUACUUUUCCCACACAGUAUUUCAUUGUUUACAUCGUGUUUGUCUGGAUAAAUGUGUGCAAGUGACUAUUAUUUACAUUCCAAACAAGAGAUAUUGGAUAUUGGAGCAACAGUAAAUGAAAAAUGAGCUCUCUAAUAAUAAAUUGUGAUAGCAUGAGCUGUAUAGUAUGACAGUUUUUAUCCUAUGUUAAAGGACUUCUGCAAGAUAGGAUCAAAGCAUGUUAUUGUCUUACAGCAUACACAUUACUACACCAAACUAAUAGUCAAGAAACUAGUGGCUGUUGAUUAGGUGGAUGUGCUGUAACCGCUUAUACCCGAAGUUUUUUCAUGCAAAUCAUUAGUGGUAGGGUAAGCUUCUACUGUUCUAAAGAAACCUAAAUCCAAGUUUAAAUGUGCCCUUUUUUCGACUAUCAGUGUUCCACAGGCUCCCCAUUGUGAACUGCUAGUGAAAAUGCAUAAUGUAUUUCUUAUACUCCUGUCUGAUUCCUUUUCCAGCAUUCAUCUGUUUUCUGUUUGCUUUUCUGUUUGUUCUGUUCUUGCGCUCCUCUUGUCCAUCCUUUGAUGAUUUUGUCUGCAGCACUGGAGUCAGCACACUGAUGUAUGACAAUGUGAUACUGGAGCCGUCCUUAAUCAUGAACUUUCACAUCUGCUGGUACUAGCACUUCCUUUCAAUGCAAGUGAGAUGGCUGUAGAGUGACUGAAGCUGUUUACGCUGUUUAUUAUUACGACGGUCUCUGGGAGAAUUUCAGGUUCAUGUUCACCUGUUUUAUUCAACUUAAAUGAUUAUUUAUUAAACAAAACAAUGGAUUUGCUAAAGUAAUAUCUUGUGUACAGUGUUUCCCAUUCCUGCAUUCUAUCAUUAAAUCUUUAAAAGCUUUAACUCUACAGAAGCUUGUUAUUUAACCAUAUUAUGGCCAAACAGCAUGGGCAGUGUUCUCAGCAGUUUUAGUUUCCAACAUAUAGAAACAUGAAAAAGA